GAUCCUGGCAGGACUCAGCGAUCUCCCCUACUAUCACUCUGCAUGCCUCGCUUUGAAGGCCAACGGCGAGGUCAAGUAUGACACGGCGACCUUUACCUCACCGGCCUCCAAGUUCGGCAACUCCAAUGGCACCCUCGUCCCAGAGGGUGUUGCAAGCGAGGGUAUGCAGGGCACGGGGAGUUGGGAGAGGUCAGCAAUUUCGGCGAGAUUUUUUCUGAAAUGUCAGCUGAAAACCUGUGGAUGCUUUGUCCGGACCAUCUAUCAGGAGAUCUUCCCCUGGCAGGCUUACUCCAACCAAGAUGGUUAUCUUGUCCCGUCCAACCCUCCCCCUCCUCCCCCCGCCUCCUCUGAACCCGCGGAGUCUCGGACUACAAACAUGCAUUCGGACGGGGGCUUGGCCCACCAAACCUCACGGGCUGCGCCACCUACACCCGCCUCUGUCUUCGCAGACCGUCUUCCGGGCAUAUGGGGAGCCGGCCAAGAACAGCAGCUUUCGGGGCUUCCAGACAGGAGCGAAGUGGACACCCAAGCGCCACCUCUGUCCGGUGCGCAUGCAGACUUCUCGGCUCCAGUGCAGAAUGCCAUCCGAACCGCGGCGGCAAACCUCAGUGUGGCCAUCAGCUUUGCCCAGGAUAUGGAGCAGUCGAUGCCCCAAAAUACCCAUCGCUCUCUGGCGCUGUCCCUUCGGACAACUUCAGACAUCUUGCGGGAGGUGUCCGAGGAGCUCCUAAACGCUGCCCGCAACGAGGCCAUCUCUUCAGCGCAGGGCUCUGAGGCUGAUGACCAGCAAAUGGCACAGGCCGACUAG